AUGCACCUUUUUCGGCCAGAUAUACGCAACUGUCCUUGCGCUUGAUAAUACCAGUUACUGUUUUUAUUGUCUGUAACCGUUCCGGCUUUUUUAUUAUAUUUCAAUAUUCGAAUUUUAUUUUCUUUAAUUGCAUCUUCAAAACACUUCCUAAAAACAGUUACAAAACAUUUAACUUCAACAAUAUCCAAUUCUGUGACCUGGCGCUAGUUGCGCACGCUUAAUGCCGCACCACGAUACGAUCCGACCGGACCGGUACAGACUGGACGUUCGUUUCGUCCGUGCAAUUUUAUUUAGUGUUAAGUAUGUUCGUCAUGUUUAUUUUAUGUUUCUUUCCUUUUUUCUGUUACCUUCCGUGACUAUUUCGCACUCGAUGGUCUCAUCGGAAGAUCAGCGCUGGAAGUCGCCAGCAACAUGCUGAGAUGAGGCCAUUUCGUGACACUUUACUCUCACUAUGUUCUCUUUUAUGUCUGUCUAUUACUGUUUGUGUGUUUAUGAAUAAAACAAAUUCUAUUUCUAUUUCUAUUUCUAAUAUCGUCGUCUCCGACAAUUUCGUUAGACGUAACACAUAUACGGAUGUUAGUUUGGCGCAUACCAUACUGUUCACAGCGUACGAUAUUUGACGUCCGUAUAUGAAUCCAGAACACUACUUUAGAAUAAUUGCGGACGUCAAAUAUGGAGCGGCAUUAAUAGUAGAUAUACAGCUAACUGACGUCCGCAUAUGAGGUAAAAGUACUACUUUAGAAUAAUACUCGGACUUCAGCCUAAGACACCUAGAGACAUGAAUAGAAUGCAACUAUCUGACGUCCGGAUAUAUAGGGUAUCCAAGCAGUCUCUUGCACUGCACAUACGGGUAUUUAAGCGAUCUACGCUGCUACGGUUAGCGGUGUGAAUAAAUAAAACAGUGAGUUAAAUAAAGAACUGAAUUUAUUCCACCGAAAUUUCCGCCGCAAGCACACGAUUUAGAGUCGUAAAGUAGGGUAGGUUUUAGGCCGGUACCGAUUUUGCUCCGAGAUCAGUUCCACCACGCAAAUACUACCCUGAAGCUGCCGGAGCCACUGCGGGUUGGGAGACGGACGAGCUGAGGGACGUCAGCUAGGGCCGCUCUGGAACUGCUGGAACUGGUCUGAAUGGUUAGUGCUUUAAUCCCCGUUGCGUAAGUGUUGAACACUUCUUACGCUUAAUCUAAGCAGGUAGUUUUAAAUUUACUGUCCUAUCCUUUCCUUCCUAUUAGUUAGGUAUUACUUGACCCAAUUGUGAGCUGUUCCUCGAACUCCGAUUCCGUAUGAUUUAUUUAAUAGGAUUGGGUAUUGGACUUUAUCGUAAGCUUUGGUCAUGUCCAAUAGUAUGCCAAUAGCGUAUUGUGUUGAGUCUAAUAUGUAUGUCGAGGAUAGUUUGGAUGUAUUUGAAAACCGCCAGCGUUGUAGAGCGUUUCCUACGGAAACCGUUUUGUGAUUCAUCAAAGAUUUUAUAUUUCUCGCAGAAUGCGUAUAUUCGAUUGUACCUCGCUUUUUCGAAUAUUUUCGAUGCUGUCGGAAGUAGAGCUAUUGGGCGGUAGUUAUUAGGAUUAGUUUUUGAGUGUUUUUUGGAUUGGCUUUACUAUGGCGGUUUUUAAUAAAUCAGGGAAAGUACCUUCAAUAAACGAUUGGUUUAUUCAUACUGUCCACCAGGAUCCCCUAGCCUGAUCCCCUGAAGGUAAACUUACCUAAAGUUGUUUAUACAAUGCAGCAGUUAAAGUUUCACUUCUGACAUUCACAUGCAAAACACUGAUUUGUUUGCCCAUGAUUACUCGUCGCAGAUAACCUUUAUUAAUCUAGCUAACACGACUCGCUAGAGAUAGACAAUGUUGUAAAUCAAAUGUCAUUAGUGGCAAUUGAGAUAAUAUAAAUCUAUGAUUGUGUCUUUCUGUGCAUAAUGUCGGAAGAAGUUAAUAUGAUAAAUGUGAUAGAAAAUCACGGAAAAGUGAUACUAUUUGACGGACGAAGGUAUCACAAAAAAAAAUCAUAUAAGAACGGAAACGAUUUGUUACGGUGCAGUAACUGGAAAAAAUUUAAGUGCAGCGGCUAUUUGACUGUCGAUGUAAGUAAGAGUAUAUGUAUUCUACUAUAUGGGACAAGUAUGUAUAUAAAUUUGUCCUGCGGGCCAGGGCGGCCAUCUCCGCCUCCUGGUUGCCGAAGGACUGUGGACCACUGCCCCAUACAUGGCCUACUAUCCAUCCCGUCCCACUGGCCACUGCUGCAACAUCCCACGGGAUUCCUUUUUUGACAAUGAGGGGGCUUAGGCUAUAGCCCUCACGCGAGUCCAGUGUGUAUUGGACUUCACACACCAUACCAUUUACUUGCGAAUAUUUAUGCAGUUGUCCUGACGAUGCUAUCCUUCACAGAAAUACAAUUUAAAUAUCCUAUGAACUUUACUUUGUAAUAACAGUCGUUUCUAUCUUUAAAUGUUUUAUUAUUAUAAAGUCUACAAAUGUUGAAUUUGUUGAACCAAUGACUGAACAGCUAAGUAGAUCGAAUGUAUGAAUACUCUAAAUAAUCUGACAAUAUCAUUUACACACUCUGAAAUAUAGUCUCCAAUGGUAUUAUUCAGCGAGCUGGUUAAAUCCUCCCAGUUUUACUCUCCAAGGUGCUGAAGGCACAUUCGGCUUCUGGGUGGUAAAUAGAAGUUUUGCUCUACUAAAAUUUUUGCCUUCGCCAUAUCCGGUAUAUUCAAUAGAUUCUGGUUCAUACAAUCAUUGAAGACGUAUCUAUUCGGGUCAUCAAAAGCCCGCCGUAGAGAUCCAGCAAAGUAGCCACUCAUUUUAUUGUAAUUUAUAAUAAUUAUAAUAGAUCUAAUAUAAUAACAAUUCUAGAGCGAGUGACGCGUAAGAUGAAAACAAUAAUGACGUGCACAUAAUUGUCAAUUUAACAUCCUUUUUAAUCUAAUGACAUCUUCACAAUGUGUUCUAUCAAAGUCCGUGAGGUUGUCUUCGGCCUCUAAUAUUUCCUCCCAGCUUUGGAUCGGCUGCAGAUGGAAUGAACAGGUACGAGUUCCUGGCGAAACGUAGAGGUCCCAUUUUAUUAGUAAUUUCGCUUUGAUUUGGUCGGGAAUUGCUGUCAAUGGCAAUUGAUUACAGCCGCCAAAUACAUAGGCAUUUCUAUCUUCCGGCGUCCUAACUAAUCGACUAAUUGUUUCUUUGACAUUAUUGUUAUUCAGUAUAAUUUAGGUAAGAAAGAAAACCUUCUUUACGACGAUAUUUUUGUUUGGUUGAAAUUCCCAAGACGCAUUUAGAUUUCGUUAUGUGUGACUAUUUAGAUGUCCAUAGUUCGGAAGAAUCAUCCCGCCGUGUCAUCAUUUUCUGUCUGGAUGAAAAUAAAACCAAAUUAUCCUCGAUCAAUCAUGUAUUUUGUGAUGGAACUAUUAAAACUUGCUCGCCACCUUUUAAGCAAUUAUAUGUUAUGCACGGGGAUAUUGGUAGUUCUCUUACAUCAACAAAUGUCGUUCCAUUACUAUAUGAUCUGCUGAGUGACAAGACAGCUGAAACAUAUGAUAUAUUUUUUAAAAUGAUUAAAUCUCAGGUAACUAGCUUCAACCCCAAGAAAUUAAAUAUUGACAUGGAGAAAGCCGCUGUUAAGGCUAUUAAGGAGAAUUUUUCUGAGGCAGAUAUAAACAUUUGCUAUUUCCAUGUCAAGAAAAGCAUUCGUAAAAAAGGAAAACAAUUAAGCGGGCCACAGACCAUCAGUUUUAUCUGCACAGUUUUAACUGUACAGUCGAACUGUUCAGUUAAAACUGAUAUCCCUUGUGACUACACACUGAAAGUUUUUUUAUUAUUUAUCCUUUUCGCUUGAAGUAAAGACGUUCGACGGAAUCAUGGAUGACGCUGUGGCAAUUAUUGGAUUAUUGUGUAUUUUACAAAAAAAAGACAAAGAAGGAAAAGAAUGUGGUGUAAACAUUGGUUAUUACAGAGAAAGCAAUAUACGCAUAACAAUUUACUAAAGGAGAUCAGAAUUACUCCAAAAGAUUAUCGUAACUAUUUAAGAAUGGAUGAAGAAACUUAUUUGCUUUUGCUCGAUUUGGUUACACCAAGAAUAAUGAAACAAGAUACAGUGAUGAGAAGUGCUAUUUCACCACAUGAAAGAUUAACAGCAACGCUUCGAUUUUUAGCAACAGGUAGAAGCUACGAAGACCUUAAAUUUUCAACAAUAAUAUCCCCCCAGUCACUUUCCAGUAUUAUACCAGAAACGUGUGAAGCGAUAUAUAGUGUUUUACACAAGGAUUACUUAAAGUUUCCUCGAUCACAAGAAGAAUGGAAAAGAAUAGCUGCACUAUUUGAACAAAGAUGGAAUUUUCCGCAUCUGCUUGGGGCGAUGGACGGGAAGCAUGUAACAAUAAAUCCACCACGAGGAAGUGGGUCGACAUAUUUCAAUUAUAAGAAAAAACACAGUAUGGGCUUAAUGGCUAUAGUUGACGCUCAAUAUCAGUUCAUUUUAUGUGAUUUUGGAACCAACGGACGAAUAUCAGACGGUGGAGUUUUACAAAAUACAACAUUCUUUCAAAAACUUCAAGAGAAUGACUUGAAUAUUCCGGCCGAAGAAAUCGUAACGAAUAGCUCAAAAUCGUUACCGUAUGUCUUUGUUGCUGAUGACGCUUUUCCACUAAGGACUGAUAUGAUGAAACCUUUUAGACAGGCUGAGUUGGAUACAAGAGAAAAAAAAAUUUAUAACUACCGUGUUUCGCGAGCAAGACGAAUUGUUGAAAAUUGUUUUGGUAUUUUAGUUACACGAUUUCGAAUAUUUCAUACAGAUAUUAAUGUACAUCCAAGUAGAAUUGAAUCAAUUGUAAUGGCAUGUUGUGCCUUACACAAUUUUUUAAUUAAAAUGUUACCAAAUUCUUAUAUCAGUCCAGAGUGUUUUGAUCGCGAACAGACUGAUAUUGGACAUGUCACACCAGGUUACGAUACAAAUCAUUCUACCAUGGAACCUUUACAACAAAGGAAUAUAGGAAACACGGCCCGAACACCCAAAAUGAUUAGACAAGAAUUUAUGAAUUAUUUUAAUAAUGAAGGUCAAGUUCCCUGGCAAAAUAAUUUUAUUUAAGUAAAUAAAAUAAUGUUUAUAUAAGUAA